GUGGGGGUUUUGGAAGUUACGCGGCUAAUCAAACGCGCCGCGUUGAGGUCCGUCACCUUUUCGGGGAAUUCACGAACAGCUGGGUGACGGUGUGACCCACGAGUAUAAAGAUCAGCUCGCGAGUAGCGAGUCGUCAAUAUCCGACAUCUUCCUCCCGAACGAACACGGCGGACUGUAGAAGUCUCACAACUGCAGUGAACGAGUUUCUUCCAUUCUCUGCUCCAUCAUGAAUCCCGAGACAAUUGCCUCGGAAACCAUCGCGCCCACGUGGUCGCUCCAAGCGGGCUUGACGCCCACGGAUGACCGCGUCUACAUCAUGUACCACGGCACCAACGUGGCCUCGGCCAAAGCCAUCUUCUCCGAGGGCUUCAGACAGUCUGCCGGCGGCAUGCUGGGCCGUGGCGUGUACGUGAGCCGCAACAUCGACAAGGCCAGACGGUACCCGCUGAACACGGAGGAUCACCUGAAGGUCAUCCUAAAGCUGGAGGUGGAUGUGGGCAAGGUCAAGAAGAUCGACAGCCAGGACCACCCCCUGCGUCUCACCUGGCACGACAAGGGCUACGACACCGCCUGGGUGCCCGCAGGGUGCGGAAUGGUGAUCAGCCAUCUGGAGGAGGACUGCGUGUGGGACCCGGAGAGGGUCAAGGUCAUUGGCAUCGAGGAGGCGCCUGUUGGACAAAUCGCCACUCUACGGGAAAAGAUUAGGAUGCCAUCCAAAACCGUCCAGAUCUUCGUGGUGAACUUUCAAGGGAGCACCCGGACGUACGACGUGAGCCUCUCGGACCGGGUGCAGCAGCUGAAGGUGGAAGUCCAUCGGAAGGAGGGAGUGCCCCCCAGGGAGCAGAUUCUCACUUUCGAGAGCCGGCAGCUGGAAGACCAACGCACACUGCGUUCCUACAAGAUCAGGGCACAAAGCACCAUCCAAUUGCAAGCCCGCCUGCGCGGAGGGCAAGCCGAGGGCAGCGCGCAACGGCAGGGACACAAGCAGCCUCUCCUCCUUCGGAACAGCACCGCCUACAGAUCCUCUCGCCUUCACCGCUCCACGACGAUGGACUGCUCCGAGACCAUCGGCGACCGCAAUGUCCCCUGCACCCUGCAGAGAGGAGAGAGCCCCAAGGAUGACCGGCGCUACAUCAUGUACCACGGCACCGACGCGCAGGGGGCACGCGGCAUCCUCGCGCAGGGCUUCAGGCGGUCCGAGCGCGGCAUGCUGGGGCCCGGCGUCUACGUGAGCCGCGACAUCGAGAAGGCGAGGCGGUAUCCGAUUGGGAAGCCCGAGAACGUCAAAGUGAUUCUGAAGCUCAGGGUGAACGUGGGGCGCGUGAAGAAAAUCGACGGCCAGGACCACCCCCUGCGUCUCACCUGGCACGACGAGGGCUACGACACCGCCUGGGUGCCGCGGGGCUGCGGGAUGGUGACCAGCGAGCUGGAGGAGGACUGCGUCUGGGAUCCGGAGAGGAUCACGGUCGUUGGCGUCGAGGAGGCGCCCAGCAGCGAAAUGAAGACGAUGUUGCUCGCGAUGAUGAAGAACCCAAACGACGUCGUGCAGAUCGUCGUGAAGGACCUGGAGGGGAAGUCCCUGAGGCUGAUGGUGAAGCUGUCCGAGUCGGUGCUGGCGCUGAAAGCCAGGAUCCAGAGCAAGUGGAAGGUGUCGCCCGCUCAGCAGCGCCUCGCUUACGGGGGCGCCGCGCUGCAGGACGCCACCACCCUCGCCAAGUGCGGCUUGAAGCAGAAUGCCAUCGUCAACCUGCUUCACGUGGACCACGCCGUUGACGUCUUCGUGAAGACGCUCGCGAACAAAACGUUGACGAUAGAGGUGAAGCUCUCAGACUCGGUGCUCUCACUGAAGCAGAAGGUCCAGCAGAAGGCGCGCAUACCGGUAGAGCAGCAGAUCCUCACCUUCGGCAUCCACACCCUGGAGGACGAUCAGAAGCUGGAGUGGUACGGGAUUCAGCAACACUCCACCAUCACCAUGCAGGGCCGCCUGCGGGGAGGGUAGUCACGUGCCCCGCGCACGCGCCACCUGAAGAAUUGACGGACACAAUUCAUGAGCGGUCUUCUGUCCAGUUGGCCAUGGUCAGGGUGGACCUGCAACUACUGCCUUCUACAAAAUCUCCACCUGUGUGUCGGUCAUCACCGCCAGAUGUAUGAUGUUAACAAAAAAAGAAUUGUUCAUGCUAUCGUUACUGCACUCGUGCAUAUAUUUAAUCUGCAUAAAUAUUCAUGGAACUUUAACAAAUCUUCAUCCAAAUGGUUAAGCCCGUGAUGGUUAUUUUCGGAUCUCGGACCAGUGAUGUGUGUUUGAGUUUAUUUGUUGGGUGUGGCAACACACACGAGGGCCCACAUGAAUGCCACGUCUAAGAAGAGAGUAUGCCAACGGUACAGUUGCAUACAUACCAUUCCAUGAUAGUUUUGUAUUUGUCUGUAUAUAGUAAGAGUCAAACAAAAAAUUGUAUGCGUAUGUCUGAAUGUGGUUGAUGAUGAAACGUAGAAAAUAUGACCCACACUACCCACGCCAUUGCUCAAGUGCCUGUUUACCGAUUUGAAAUGUAUAUUGUCUCGUUGUUGAGCUGAUUGUCAAUACUUGUUGAGAUUACGAUGGAAGUUUUCGCGUGUUGUUAUUUUAUUUGUCUUGUACACCCGCAAGCAUAGUGUGGCCAUCUUUAUUUAACGAUGCAACGCGCUGUGUGAUUAUCAGCACAGUAUUCGUAAAAGUUUAAAUUCCUGGAAUAAUUUAGACAUUUUGUCUCUUUUAAAGUUUACACCUUUGAUUAUACAAUUUGUAGCAUGACAUUUUAUUAUAAAUGCACUUUUUAUAUGUCAGCUGACUAGAUCAAACAAUUCUGGGUUGUAUUGUUG